AUGCAGGAAAGCACCACUUUGCGUUCCAGGUUGGAACAUGUAGCCAUGGCUGCCAAGGCGGCUGAGGCUCGUCCCCCACGGCUGCGGGCUGGAUUGAAGUUGAUGGCGAGCUCGAUGGCAAAGGAGGAAGACAUCGCCCGGCUUCAUGCGCGAAACUGCGAGGAAGUGCAGGCUGAAACGCUUCGCCUUCGGCAUCAGGCUCGACAUCUGGAGGCAGAGACCCAGGUGGAGCUACAAGCAACAGCCCAGCGAGCCCGGGACGAGGCGCACGAGGCUCACUGGCGACGCGUAUUUCUGGAGGCUCAGCAGACUGAGCUCAACUUGGAAAUGCGUGCCUUUGAACAGCGACAGGCUCUUCAGCGGAGGAGUGAGCAUUUUGAGUGCUUGCGUGGAGACAAAAGCACCGGCCCAUAG